UCUUCAACCGGAUAUUUAUCUCAGACUUUCAAAAUCCAAGAGACAUUUCGCUGCCAUUCAAAACCCGUCCACCCCAAGAAAGACCCUAUUUGUUGUGAGAUUUAAAGUUAAAUGUUAAAGAAAUUCUAUUAACAUAUUAUUCUAUAACAUUUACGCAGUAACACACUUCACAACAAACUCUGACUUUUUAUAAUUACAGGGAAUUUGUCUGAUAUUUGUUUUUUCUUCUCUUCUGUUAUUCUUCACUCACAACUUUACUGCUUCAUUUACGGAAAAAAAGAUAUAGACGAGAUAACUCCUAAGGCCUGUCUUACUCAGACAGAUGUGAACAUAAUUUGUUACAUGUUAAAUUGGGCUGUACGCCAACACAUUCAGUUAAAGAAGACAAGAUUGGUAUAUUCGGUAAAUUUGGACAAGUAUACCUGCAUUCGGUUCACCAAGAGAAAAAAAAACCCUGAUUUUUCACCUGGAAAAGUAUCAUUCCCGCCAAAACUCUAAUAGGGGAACUAAUGCGUUUCAUUUUUGCGUGGGGAGAGAGAGACAAUCAAUGUUUUCACUCUACAAAGAAGCGAUUUAAAAGAAAUAUAUGCUUAUAGAAAACUAUUGUAUCUUUUUAAAAUAUCCUUAAUUUACAUAUUGUAUGUUGUAUGCGUGUGUGUUUUUUUAUUUGUUUUCUCUUCCACAGUACUUGUUCAUUUCUGUGUGUGUGCGUGAGAGAGAGCUGAAAAGCAUAUAAAAAUAAGCGGAAUUUGCAAAGCUGUUCGGAUUUAAUUCUACCGUGAUGUCGUGUGCAACCUGUCAGCGCAUAUACUAUGAUUGCAUCUAUGAUUUUUAUAAGCAGAAUGAAGAAUCUAUUGUAUUCCUCCGGAACCAUGGUGUUCUGCCCACUGAUGUAAUAUGUCCACGCUGUCGGAGUGAAUGCGUGUAUAUAAAGGAAGAGCAUCUCUGGCAGUGCAGGAGCUACACUGACGCUGAAUCUAGAAAACGGCAGCAGUGUCGUUAUUCAGUAUCGGACUUUAAAGGAUCCUUUCUUGAUAAUGCACUCAUUCCUCCGUGGAAAGUCGUUCUUUUCGUAAACGAAUUUCUAAAUCAAACUUGGAGUGAUAUGAUACUGAUGGCGAAGCAGGAAAUGUGUUUAAGAGCUCAAGAAUGGAGGUCGUUCUGUUGUGGAGUAACAGAAAACUGGCUUCACAAACAGGAACAAAUAGGUGGAGAAUCAAUUGAGGUCGAAAUUGGUGAGGCCUUAAUUGUCCACCGGAAACCUGACAGGGGUCCAAUUUUGAACCAAGUUUGGUUGUUUGGUGGAUUAGAGCGAACCAGUAAGCGUCGUUUCGUUGUGCCACUAAUAAAUAAGGAGCGUGACAAAGCGACACUGGUUCCUCUCAUCCAGACAUUUAUCAAACCUGGCUCAGUUAUUUAUAGUGAUACAGGGGCUGCCUACAGUGAUUUAAGCAGUUUGGGUUAUCACCAUUACGUGAUAAACCAUUCUGAAAAUAGUGAUCAAACGCAUAUUCACACACAAAACAUUGAACGUUUGUGGAGGGAGAUAAAAUGGAGUAUGAGAAGGCUGUCAAGUACUGGAUCCAAAUAUUUCCAUCAAUAUCUGGCCAGAUAUUUAUUUAUUUCCUCAGAGAAGGACAAGACAGUAUUACACCACAAAUUUUUUCGAGAGGCAGCUCAAUUAUAUGUACCCCUCUCGGACCAGCCAUGUCCUUCAACUACAUAAGGACUUAUGUCUCUCCUCUCUUUCUUAGAAGGCUCUCUCUCUCUCUCUCUCCUUACCUACACGGAAAUGAAACGCAUUAGUUACCCGAUUAGUUUCAGCGGGAAAAACUUGUGAAAGGAAACUGAUUUUUGUUUUUCAAACCCUCAAUACUGUUUCUGCAAUCUGGGAUUAAUGUAUCCAGUGAUCUUAAGAG